AUUUUUUAAAUAAAAAAUAAAUCCAUUAUUUUUGCAUGGUUCAAGUUAAGAGAUAAGAUAGAAGAAAAGUAUAUGAAUACUUGUUAUUGGAAGGUGUAAUAGUAAUUAAGAAGGUAAAUGAUGAAAUAAAUAAAUUAUAGGACAUGGCACUCCCAUUACAUGCUGAAACAGGUGUUAAGAAUCUUGAAGUUUGGAUGUUAUUGAGAAGCUUAAGAGAUAAGAAAUUAGUGGAUUUAGUAUUUUCAUGGCAAUAUUACUAUUAUUAUCUGAAAGCAGAAGGAGUGAAAUAUGUGAGAGAUAAAUUGGGUAUUUAUUUUAUGUUCUACAUUAUGUUAGGUAUUGUAGAAGAUGUCAUUCCUGCAACAUUUAAAAAGGCUGAUAAGAAAUUUGAAGAUGAUGCUCCAGAAACAAGAUAAAGAGGUGGAAAAGGAGGAAGAUCAUUUGGAAGAGGAAAUAGAGGAGCUCCUAGAAGAAAUGAAGAAACAGAAUAACCUGCUUAAUGAGUAUAAUUACAUAAGUAUAUUACAUUACAG